AUCACCCACCUCUUGCUCAACUCCAAUCUUAUUCCAGAGCCAGAAUAGCAGAGAUGUCGUCAACCAAUGCGGAAACGACACAAUAUGUGCACUAUCACGAUGGCGGCAUCCCAGGGCGGCGUCCCAUCCUCACUGGCGAUGCAGCCAAGCCCACUUUCACUGAGCUCCCCAAGAUCGACAUGGCCCGGCUAUACUCCUCAUCACUUGAAGAGCGAAAAGCACUAGCAGCCGAAGUGAACAAAGCCUUCCGAUCUGUCGGCUUUUUCUACGCCACCAACCACGGGGUAGACCCAAAAGUCAUCGACGACACCUUCAGCGCAAUGCACAAGUUCUUUUCCCUACCCGAAGAGACCAAACUGGAGACGCACUCGCGAAAGAAUCACAAAUUCCGGGGCUACGAGCCCAUCUUCUCAACGAAGCUGGACCCCAGCACUCGAGGAGAUCUCAAAGAAGGGUUCCUCAUGGGAGAAGACGUCUUCGAUGCGGAACAAGGGGCAUCCCCUGUCCAAGCUACGCAAGCGGCCGAGGGACCACGGAAUCAGUGGCCUUCCCUGCCUGAGUCCAAGUUCUGGCGGACUGCUAUCUAUCGGUACUACGAGCACAUCCUCGCCUUCGCCAAGCGACUUCUGCAGCUUUUUGCGCUGGCGCUCGAGCUGGACGAGGACUAUUUCGAUAGCGUGACGACGUUUCCCAUGACCAACAUCCGGGCGCUACACUAUCCGCCUCAGGAGCGCGACGCUGACGUGGGAAUCGGUGCCCACACUGAUUUCUGCUGGUUCACUCUGGUAUGCCAGCAAGAGACGACCAAGCCCGCGCUCGAGGUGCUCAAUGGCAAUGGGGUCUGGGUGCCUGCUUACCCAGAUCGCCGCACAUUUGUCGUCAACAUCGGGGAUUUUCUCAAGUUGCUUACCGGGGGCGAGUGGCAGAGUACUGUGCAUCGAGUACGUAAUAUGACAGGAGAGGAGAGGUACUCAAUUCCUUUCUUUUAUAGUCCUAAUGAGGAUGGGUUGGUGAACGUCUUGGAGAAGUUUCGGAAGCCCGGGGUGAAGUAUGAGCCGUUUACGGCGGGGGAAUACUUUGAGCGGAGGUUGCAGAUUGAUAGGCGGACGAUGGAUGAGAAGGAUGGGCAGGUGUCGGCGUAUUGAUAGAUUGUGGGUUCGAUAUACAGGAGGGCAAGGUCACAAGGACAAUAUGACAUUGAGAAAUACUUCCAAAACUGUUGACUUCUCGAAGUUCGCUUGCUUUAACUAUGACUAGCUGCGGGCGGUGUAA